CGUUAAGCUGGAGCAGUCUCAGCGCCGGCCGCCAUUUUGUGCAGUAGCUGGGGAGGAAGGAGACGCCUAAACCGCGGCACUGCCGGGUUUGAGCGUAGCCAAACCUACCCACUGUUUUUAUAACCCCGAUUCUCUGUAUUUUGCUCCCGUCUCCGACGAGAGAGGCGGCGACGGUGGCGUCUGCGACGGGAGACAGCGCGUCGGAGCGAGAGAGCGCCGCGCCUGCCGCCGCCCCAACAGCGGAGGCGCCGCCGCCAUCGGUCGUCACCAGACCGGAGCCGCAGGCCCUCCCGAGCCCGGCCAUCCGUGCCCCGCUCCCAGAUCUUUAUCCGUUUGGGACCAUGCGCGGAGGCGGCUUUGGGGACCGGGACCGGGAUCGUGACCGUGGAGGAUUUGGUGCAAGAGGUGGUGGUGGCCUUCCCCCGAAGAAAUUUGGUAAUCCUGGGGAGCGUUUACGUAAAAAGAAGUGGGAUUUGAGUGAGCUCCCCAAGUUUGAGAAGAAUUUUUAUGUAGAACAUCCAGAAGUGGCAAGGCUGACUCCGUACGAGGUUGAUGAACUACGCCGAAAGAAGGAAAUAACAGUGAGAGGGGGAGAUGUUUGUCCUAAACCUGUAUUUGCCUUUCAUCAUGCUAACUUCCCACAGUAUGUGAUGGACGUGUUGAUGGAUCAGCACUUUACAGAACCAACUCCAAUUCAGUGCCAGGGAUUUCCUUUGGCUCUCAGUGGCCGAGACAUGGUGGGCAUCGCUCAGACUGGCUCUGGGAAGACUCUGGCGUAUUUGCUGCCGGCGAUUGUCCAUAUUAACCACCAGCCGUACUUGGAAAGGGGGGAUGGCCCAAUUUGUCUAGUUCUGGCUCCUACCAGAGAGCUUGCCCAGCAAGUGCAGCAGGUGGCUGAUGACUACGGCAAAUGUUCUAGAUUGAAGAGUACUUGCAUUUAUGGAGGUGCUCCUAAGGGUCCUCAGAUUCGAGACUUGGAGAGAGGUGUUGAGAUCUGUAUAGCUACUCCUGGACGCCUGAUAGAUUUCCUGGAGUCAGGGAAGACAAAUCUUCGCCGAUGUACUUACCUUGUUUUGGAUGAGGCCGACAGGAUGCUUGAUAUGGGCUUUGAACCGCAGAUCCGUAAAAUUGUGGACCAAAUCAGGCCUGAUAGGCAGACAUUGAUGUGGAGCGCAACCUGGCCAAAAGAAGUAAGACAGCUUGCAGAGGAUUUCCUUCGGGAUUACACCCAGAUCAAUGUGGGCAAUCUGGAGUUGAGUGCCAACCACAACAUCCUCCAGAUUGUGGAUGUCUGCAUGGAAAGUGAAAAAGACCACAAGUUGAUCCAACUCAUGGAGGAAAUAAUGGCUGAGAAAGAAAAUAAGACAAUAAUAUUUGUAGAAACAAAGAGACGCUGUGAUGACCUCACUCGAAGGAUGCGCAGAGAUGGUUGGCCAGCUAUGUGUAUCCAUGGAGACAAGAGUCAACCAGAAAGAGAUUGGGUACUUAAUGAGUUCCGUUCAGGAAAGGCACCCAUCCUCAUUGCCACAGAUGUAGCCUCCCGUGGGCUAGAUGUGGAAGAUGUCAAGUUUGUGAUCAACUAUGACUAUCCAAACAGCUCAGAGGAUUAUGUGCACCGUAUUGGCCGAACAGCCCGUAGCACCAACAAGGGCACCGCUUACACCUUCUUCACGCCAGGGAACCUAAAGCAGGCCAGAGAGCUGAUCAAAGUGCUGGAAGAGGCUAAUCAGGCGAUCAAUCCCAAACUGAUGCAGUUGGUGGACCACAGAGGAGGCGGCGGAGGAGGGGGUAAGGGAGGUCGUUCUCGAUACCGGACCACGUCUUCAGCCAACAAUCCCAACCUGAUGUAUCAGGAUGAGUGUGACCGGAGGCUUCGAGGAGUCAAAGAUGGUGGCCGGAGAGACUCUGCAAGCUAUCGGGAUCGUAGUGAAACCGAUAGAGCCGGUUAUGCUAACGGCAGUGGCUAUGGAAGUCCAAAUUCUGCCUUUGGAGCACAAGCAGGCCAAUACACCUAUGGUCAAGGCACCUAUGGGGCAGCUGCUUAUGGCACCAGUGGCUAUACAGCCCAAGAAUAUGGCGCUGGCACUUACGGGGCUAGUAGCACCACCUCAACUGGGAGAAGUUCACAGAGCUCUAGCCAGCAGUUUAGUGGGAUAGGCCGGUCUGGGCAGCAGCCACAGCCACUGAUGUCACAACAGUUUGCACAGCCUCCAGGAGCUACCAAUAUGAUAGGUUACAUGGGGCAGACUGCCUACCAGUACCCCCCUCCUCCUCCUCCCCCUCCUCCUUCACGUAAAUGAAACCACUCAAGUGGUAGUGACUUGUGCAGACUUACUACAUUUAAAGGAACGCUGUCUUUCCUUUUUUUUUUCUCUU